AUGUCGUCGUCUAGUUCUUCAAGUUCGUCAAGUUCGUCUUCCUAUAGCUCUUCGAGUUCAGAUUCUGAUUCUGAUUCGAAGGCAGCCACCCUUCGUCGUCGCAGCCUGCGUAGCUACCCCCAAGAGAGAGGAAGAGCUGAAGAGCGUGAUUUGGACCGCCGAGGAAGACGCCAAAGUCGAAGCAGGAGCCGUAGCGGCUCGCGCAGCGUUUCACCGACACGUGGCAGAGGAGAUUCAGCAGGCAUCGAGAGUAUCCGCAGUCACUUCCGGAACCGCAGCCGUUCGGUGAGUCGCAGCCGCAGCCGUUCGGCGAGUCGCAACCCUAGCCGUCGCAGCCGUUCAGCGGACAGUACUCGAAGCCGUUCAACAAUCCGCGGUCGUGGCCAGCGAGAGGAUCCGGAGCCCCCUGGAGAUGCCGAGUCGGAUCACGAGGCAGAUGAUGCAGUUAAUAUCCCUCUGCCUACUGAACAGGAGCCACUUCUCCCGAAGAGUUUCCAGCUGGACAAAUUUCGCUCGAAACAGCUCAGGACCUGGAUGACUACUCUUCAGAAGCCAACGGAGUCGAAACAGCUAAGAGAGAAUUUUGUUCCCACCUUUGGGAAGAGCUCCUUUGACCUUCAAGUUCCAAAACUGGACCCAUCCAUGGCUCGAAGACUAAAAGAAGUAAGAGGAGGAGAUGCCAGCAAAGCGGAGGCGAAAGAGAAGUCCCUGUCCGCGGACCAAUACAAGAUCUUAGGCAUCGCCAAACCGCUUCUGUACGUGUGGUGUGGUCGACCCCCUUAUGGUUAG